CUAGGAAAAUCCCCACAUGCUAUCUGGUGUCAGCCCAAUGCAGACGGAGGCGCGCUGUGCCCAGACCCACAGGAAGCCAGGCAUCUCCGCAGCCUGUGUUCCUGCCAGCUCCCCCCACGCGCUCAGAUUCGGCACGGAAGAAGUUAUGGUGCCCAGCCGCUGUGUGCAAGACCGAGAGACCACGCAGCACACUCCGAAAAUCGGCCGAGUGGCCCGGACGUCAAAGCAGCAGAACCAUCCGAGUGCCCUGGAGCUGGGCAUGGAGGGGCUACGUUGUUCGAGCGCUCGGAUGUCGCUGCUUUGUCACGGCCCCGGGAACGUAGGGGUAGGAGGAAGCGCACCUCCAGCCAAAAAUGGACCGGACGCGUUUUUCCCAGCGGCUCCCUCCCUGCCUGUCUGCAGGUCGCAAUACGAUAGGAAGACCAAUUAUUCCAGCACCAUUCAUUGAAAAGACUAUACUUUCUUGAUGGAAUUGCUUUUGAAAUUUUUCAAAAAUCAGUCUCUUUCUGGAUUCUCUAUUUUAUGUCACUGAUCUGUAUGUUUAUCCUUUUGCCAAUACUACACUAUCUCAAUUACACAGAUUUAUGCUGUUUUGCAAUCGGGUAGUGUGAAUCCUCCUGUUCUGUCCUUUUUCAAGAUUAUUUUGGCUAUUUUCAUUUCUUUGCCUUUUCAUCUAAAUUUAAAACUGUUAAUAUCUACAAAAAGAUUUCUGCCAAUAAUUGUGAUUGUGUUAAAUUUACAGAUCAAUUUCAGAAGAAUUGACUUUUUAACAAUCUUCCAAUUUCUUAACACCUUCCAAUCCAUAAACUUACUAUAUCUCUGAAUUUAUUUAGGUUUUCUUUGAUUUAUUUCAUCAAGAGUUGAGGUUUUCAGCAUAUAGAGUUUGCACAUAUUAUAUUAGAUAUAUACCUAAGAAUUUGAUUUUUUGGUACUACUGUAAAAGGUAUUGACUUUAAUUUUGAAUUUCACUUUGUAGUAAAUUAUACCUGGGAUUUGUUCUAGUCAGGUAUGGACAUACAGACAUGCAGACAUGGAAAUGAUUGCCAUGAAGGGAGAAUUUAAUAUUCACAGAUCCCCAGAAACAGAAGGCCUGGCAUACCCCACAGGACCACAGGGGGAGCCCCUGGGGCUAUAUAGGGGCAGAAGGGACCAGAGGAGAAUAUGGCUCAGAGCUUUUAGUUUGUUUCCUGUGGGAAGAAUUGGUGAGGCAGGGUAAGCAAGUUUGAGCAAGUUUAGGAUGUAAUAGUUGAAUACUUUCAGAGUCUCUAGUUGUCCUGUACUUGGCCCUAGGACGAACUGGGGCAAGGGAAAUGCUGACUUGGCGUGUGAGAAUUAGAUGAAGGUGGUGGUUGGGAGUACGGGCUCAAGGUUGGCUGGUCUCCAUAUGAAUGGUGAGCUCAUAGGCAAGUUGUUUGCUAUCUCUAGGAAUUAGCAAUCCCUGGGAGGCAGUUUCUUCCCAGCCAGCAAGGCCCCUAAGAUGUCCACAUAUCAUAAAAUAUGAAAAAUAAGAAACAUAAUUAAAACUCAUUCAUUGCUAGAAUAGAAAUAACAAAUGAUUGUGUGUGUGUUUAUCUUGUAUCCUGUGACACUGCUAAACUCAUUUAUUAGUUCUAGCAGCUUUUGUGUAGAUUUCUUAGAAUUUUCAAUGUAGACAAUUAUGUAGUCUAGGAUUAGAGCAAGUUUUCUUUCUCGCUUUCCAAUCUGUAUGCUUUUUGUUUCUUUUUCUCAAUUUCCCUGCGUAUACUUUCUAUUUCCUGCAUAUAUUUUUAUUUUAUUUAUUAAUUAAAUAAGUUACUGCUGAGCUUUUGAUUUGUGAUAGGCAGGAUAAAUAUGGACCAUACCAAACUUGUGGUCAAGUCAAACAUAUCAGUACAAUAUGGUGUAGGUGCCAAGAUACAAGUGUAUUGUCAGUAAGAUAGGAGCGACCAUAUCCUAAUAACUAUGGCUGGGGGAGCUAGAAAAGCCUCCACUAAUAGGGCUUUAAAAGAAGAAGAGAAGUUUGUUGAAUGGCCAGAAGACAUCCUAAGAAGAAGAAAAAAAGUAUACAUGAAAAGGUAAAAGACCGAAGGAAUAGAAUGGACUUAGGAAAUAAUGAAGAGUUCAAUUUAAUUGGAGCAAAGAGAGAGCGGCUCAGAGAUAAGACUGAGAAGAAAGGUUUGGGACAUAUUGUGAUGGGCCAAAUAUGCCCUGCUCCAGCUAUUAGAAUUAAUUCUGCAAAUAAUGGAGAACCCUAAAGGUUUUUAAAGCCAGGAACUGAAACAAGAUUUGUCAUUUAUAGAGAGAGCAAAGCAAAAUCUACAGUGUGACUUUAAAUUUGUGAUAAUUUUAGAUUAUGAAGCUGUGUUGAUAACAAAGGUGUCAAGUUAGGAUGGCAGCCAGAUAAUUUGCUCUCACCCACCUUUCUAUCAAAAUACUUAAUAAAAAGCCUGGAGCAGUGGCAAGC